UGUCAUUGCUGCCGACCCAAGGUGGAUUCACCUAGCAGCUCCUCCUCCUCCUCCAGCUCUCUUUGGGGUAAUUUCCGGCGGCUUCCCGCGGGAGUCAGCGCCUUUUGACCUCACUCUGCGUGCGCCGCUGGUGGCCAUCCCGCGUUUCCCGAUUUUCCCGUUCGCGCGCCGCUGGCGGCCGGUCAGGCAGAUUCCCGUUUUGCACCUGUCAUCCGCAAGUGUCAGUCGAUCAUUAAUCAUUGAUUAUCGCGGCCAAGCAGUGUCUGUGCAGUGACGCCCCGAUGCAGUGAGAGCCCCCGAAUCCGCGGUCCGCUUCAGCAUCAGCUCCAUUUUCGCCAAGGGCCCGUCCGGCGACAGCCGCGUUAGUGCAGUGCCAACUCGAUCGCAGUGAUGGUGAAUGCGGGGAGACGGCCCUAAGUCCGGAGGCAGAUGCUAGAGUGCUGGGGGCGGCGUUCGUGAGGAAACAAGCUCGGGGGCGACGUCUGCUGGGCGCCUGCGGUCCGCUUGGGCGGCUUUCAGAUAAACACAUCGUAGCGCUUUACCGUUCGUAAGAUAUGAGUCGGAGCCAAGGACGCAUCCAAGUCCCAGAUGAUCUUCGCGAGGUCCUUCUCGAGUUCACCAUAAGCUACCUUCUGGAGCAGCCCGGCGACGUCGUCAACUAUGCAGCGGAUUACUUCAUCAGACUCAGAGAGACCAGAACCACCCAGAUAGUGUUCGACCAGGCCGGCACGACAGCGUCCUCUCCCGAUGAGUCGACCCUGUCUCGGGAGGAAGAACCACCUGUUAGUCGAUUUUCGGGACGUCGCAAGUCCGUCUUCGCCGAGGCUUACGACCCCGAGGAGGACGAGGACGACGGCGGCAAGGUGGUCUUCCCGAAGUCGGACGAGCAGCGCCAGAGACUGGCCGAGGCCGUCCGCAACAUCCUUCUGUUCCGCGCCCUCGACAAGGAGCAAAUGCAGGAGGUGCUGGACGCCAUGUUCGAGAGGAUCGUCCAGGCCGGCGAGCUGGUGAUCAAGCAAGGCGACGACGGGGACAACUUCUACGUUAUACAAAACGGCAUAUUCCACGCCCUCGUCGGCGAGCCCGGCCAGGAGCCGAAGCACAUCCACACGUACGAGAACAGCGGCAGCUUCGGCGAGCUGGCCCUCCUCUACAACAUGCCGCGGGCGGCGACGAUCAAGGCCCACACGGACGGCUCCCUCUGGGCGAUGGACCGACAGACCUUCCGACGCAUCCUCCUCAAGUCGGCGUUCAAGAAACGAAAGAUGUACGAAUCGCUCAUCGAGAGCGUGCCCAUGCUGAAGACGCUCCAGCCGUACGAGCGGAUGAACCUCGCCGACGCGCUCGUCCCCAAGACGUACACGACGGGCGACAGGAUAAUCAAGCAGGGCGACGCCGCCGACGGCAUGUACUUCGUCGAGGACGGGACGGUCAUCAUCAGCGUGCUGGACGACAGCGGCAAGGAGGUGGAGAUCAACCGCCUGGGCAAAGGAGGAUACUUCGGGGAGCUGGCGCUGGUCACGCACAGGCCGCGGGCGGCGUCGGCCUACGCCGAAGGCGACGUCAAAUUGGCAUUCUUGGACGUGGAGGCGUUCGAGCGACUCUUGGGCCCGUGCAUGCAGCUGAUGAAGCGCAACAUAAACGACUACGAAGAACAAAUGCUCAAGAUAUUCGGCUCAAAGCAUAACAUCCGAGACAUCCGAUGAACGGAGCCGAGCUCCCGCCUUCUCUGAACGAUAGUCGAACCCAUCCCCUCAAAAUUGUAUUAAUUUAAAAAAAUUAUUACAUGUCGAGUAGUAAACAGUCAAGAUGUUUACGUCACUACUAGUUGCGUCACAUGCAAAACAAAACUUACAAAAAAAGUAAUUAUUUAUUGUAAAACGGGGUGCAAAGUUUACUAGUCAUGUGUAUAUAAUGUUAUGGAAGUCCCUGUGCUUUGUUGUUGCGACGGUCCAGGACGGCCCCCUACUGCUGGACGGUGCGCGGCCACUUUACGUUCUCGUCUACUAUGUAUUCCCUAUUUUGAUGCCUGCCGUCUCCAAAAUGCCCAGUAUUGUAUGUGUGUUUGGAUGCAAGUUAAUCGUAUUCAAGUCUUCUCAAGUGUCGUUCUUUUCUCGCUUAUUGUUUGACAGAUCGCGGCCAGCAAUACGACGAACGUUGUGCCAAAAGAGAGUACAAAAAGACACGCAAUAAAUUGGCAGCUGCAGUUUUGUCAAUUAGGAGUAGGCAGGGUCCAGUAUUAGUCGCAGUAUUGUAGGUGGCGCUUGAGUAGUGUAGUACGUAGACAGUAUUCCGGAGAUUUAAAUCCACGCCUUCCCCGACACAGGUUACGCCACUGGAAUUUACGUCAAAACGUCCGUCUAACACAAAUCAAUAAAAAAUGUUUUUUCGGGUCGCUAGCCCCAGGUUCAACGACCAUCUCACGAUUUCAACUCUCAAAAACUCCAUUAGAGCUCGUUUUCACAAACAUUGACCCUCUCCGAACAAAUCACAUUAUCGACGGAGUCUUUGAACUUGCUUUUAUUUACACAAUUAGGCUAACGCUUCGGCGUCUCCGAAUCAAUUAGGAGGCUCUAAUCCACUCACGCCGGCUAUUAUUUUCACGUUUUGGUCGAUUUUUUCCAAAUUGAACAGGCGGCGCCAUUUUUGAAUCGAACGUCGGUGGCGCCACCUGCACCGUUGUAAUAGCAACUUUUGAAAAAAAAAUUUAACUGUUGCAAUAAUAGCAAAUUAAAUUAUAAUUAGAAUAAAGUGUGUAUGCUCGUCGUGUUAAUUAUCGUUUUCGUGUGUUUUUCAUCGUUUUUUGACGACGGAUUGAGUGGUGGCGCAGUUUUUAAAUAACUGUCAACGACGCCAUCUUGUCCGAUUUAGUGGUGAAAAUUUUCGAAAAAUCGCGUGAAUUAAUAGUGCUUGACUUGAAUCUUCGUUUGCUGAUCUCACGGGUGUACGGUAUGUGUAUUUACGUAUUUUUCCUUUUAGACGUAGUUGCUUUUGGCACAAUUCGUUCGGUGUGUAAAGCUUGAUGACCGCCCCCCUGUAAUUGUACAAAAUAUGCCAUGCCCCCUUGUUGGUUUUAAUGUUCCAUAUAAAUGUGAUCGAGUGUUCUCAACUGAGGCUAUAUUGUUUUUAUUUAUGUGUACGAGUUGUUUUGUUGUUUAAGUUUACGGACACAGAAGACUAGCUCCAUGUGAGUCUUUGUUAAUUGUUAAUCGUACAGUGGUUAACACAUCUCCUUUAUACAUACUACAUAUACAUAUUUAUUAUAGUGUUAUAUUCGUGUGCUAUGAAACAAUUUGCCAGAAUAUCGAAAACAGUGUCAUAAUAUCUGUCGAACAAUCAGUACGUUGGGGGCCUCUGAAGCGCGUCCACGACGGGCUUGAAAGGCCCCAGACGGUAAUAAUACCUAAGGCUGAAUAACAUAUAAUAUAUGGAGAAUCAUGAUCGGAUAUUAUAUGAAAAAUGGAGUAUUUAUUUUGGAAGUAUUAAAUGUUAUAUUUAUGUAUUGAUAAAUGGAAUUGAGAGAGGAGGAAACCGUUUAAAUAUGCCCUAGUUAUAGUAACUUUUUUUAAGCAAAAGUUACUCAUAUCACUAAGUUCAGGUGAAAGGUCGAAUAAUAAUAGUCCUUAUAACAAACGUAAAUUUGUAAGUUAAUACAGACUUUUUUAUGUUGUGGGUGGGAUUCGGCGGACCUUAAGGUGCCUCUCGUGUUCAUGAUCGAAUUAUUGUUCAAUCAAACCAAAUCAAAAGCAUCAUCAUUAGACGGUACAUUUUAGACUAGUUCAAAUCGACAUAAAAAGUCUAUUAUGUGCCUUACACCCCCCAAUAACGCUUACCAGGAAUCCAGGCGCACCGAUUCGGUUCGAGUCGGGUUGUGACGGGUCCGCCGAAUCCCACCGGUAAUUUAGCACAAUUCUAAUAUUUAAAUGUGUAGAUAAUAGCUAGGUGUAUUAUGUAGUGGCUUGUCAGUUCAUAUUCACUGUUUCGAGAGAAGGUAGCAAAGGUCGGUUCAUCCUAUGUGUUAUUUGUCAAAGUUGAAUGUUGAUUGUUUACGUGGUAUGUGUUUCUGUCCCGACCAUUUCUUCAUCAGGUCGCCAGGGCCGGGCUAGACCGGCGUUGGCGGUCGAUACUACUAUAAGGUGUCUCUAAGCACGAAUAUUGCCUUUUACUUAUCAUACCAAAAAAUUAGAAUCUCAUUAAGUUAUUUGUACACAAAAAAUUAAUUGUAAGUGUUUGCCAUGUCACAUGCCAUAUUCUAAACACUCUGAGCUGACUCGCUCGUCCUGUCUGAGAUUCCUUAGUCAUAUGUACUGCUUCCACCAUGAUGACUAAAUGAGCUUAUUAAAUUUAA